AAGUGGAUCUAUCUGGCCUAUAAAUACUCGGACUUAAACUACCAUCUACACAGUACUCCAUUUUGUGACAAGCUGAGCUGAAGAUGCGUUCCCCAUUCGUAAUCGCCUUUGGUCUUUUGGCCCUGGUUGCAACCGCCUACGCCGCUACAUCUCCAAGUCCGUCGCCAUCGCCAUCGCCAUCUCCAAGCCCGUCGCCAUCGCCAAGUCCGUCGCCAUCGCCUUCACCAAGCCCGUCGGCUUCGCCCACGACUACGACUACGACGACGACCGCUUCCCCGGUUGUCCCCAGCACAACAUCCACCACUGAAUCCUCCUCGAGCGAAUCCUCCGACAGCGAGGAGGUGGAUAGGCUGAGGCGCAGGCUUCGCAGGCUCCGCCGGCUUAGGCGGCAGGAGAGGCGCCAGGAGAUUCGCUGGGAGAGGCAGCAGGAGAGACGCCAGGAGAGACGUGCGAACAGGAGGCGCCAACAUUUGGGAUAAGCCGAACAA